AUGGCGUUGAAUUGGGAAGCUCCGUCGCAGAUUUUACCGCAUCUAUUUCUGGGAUCCUAUUUAUGUACUCGCAAUAAAGAUGAACUUCUUAAACUUGGUGUCAAAUACAUUGUAAAUCUCACUGAUUUACCAAAUUUGUACCUCGAUUCUUUUGUUUAUCUUCAACGUCCUGUAAAAGAUUCUUCUUCUGAAGAUAUUCUACCUCUAUUCGAAGAAAUAUUCAAUUUUAUUGAUCGAGCUACGCCGACUUCCGCAUGUCUUAUUCAUUGUCAAAUGGGCGCUAGUCGUUCUCCUUGCUUUGCUCUAGCAUAUCUUAUACAUAAGAAGGAACGAAAUCUUCGAGAAUCUUAUGAAUUAUUGACUCGGGUGCGAAAACACAUAUCUCCCAACCAUGGUUUCUUACAACAACUAAUGGCUUUCGAAGAUUCGCUGUUUGGAAGUAUUUCGAUCGACUUCUCUGUGGAUGAGUAUGCCGAUUAA